AUGCUCAACCUUAUUCUUUCACUCCACCAUCGUAGACGCUCUUGCGUUCUGCCCAGAUCAACAUCGUAUAAAAGACACCUCUUGGUCUUUAGAAUCAGAAUGCGUGCAAUCAUCCAACGGGUCUCACAAGCUUCAGUAACAGUCGACAAGGAGGUCGUUUCUCAGAUAGCCGAAGGUCUCAUGGUUCUCGUCGGGAUAGGAUCAGACGACACUGAGGCCGAUGUCGCGGUCUUGUCGAAAAAGAUCCUUACUCUCCGCGUGUUCUCGGAUCCAGCCAAUCCCGAGAAGAUGUGGAAAGCCAGUGUGAAGGACAUAGAUGGCGACAUUCUGUGCGUCUCCCAAUUCACGUUGCUUGCCAACACGACGAAAGGGAACAAACCAGACUUCCAUCGCGCUAUGUCCUCAAAGGCCUCGCGGAAGAUGUAUGGCACAUUUUUGGAUGCCUUGAAGGCGUCAUACAAAGCAGAUAAAGUCCGAGACGGGCGAUUUGGGGCGAUGAUGAGUGUAAGCCUCACCAACGAGGGUCCUGUCACGUUUACCCUGGAUUCGCGCAAGUUCGAAUAUAUCGAUGCUCCGGAGUCGAGCAGCAAGAAAGUUGGAAAAAACACAGGCAGCGCUUCGCCCUCCAAAGAACCAGACAUUCCUAUUGCAUGA